CAUCUCGCGGCCAACAAUCGUAAUUAUUGUGAACGAUGUCUGGUGGUGGGCGCUUUAAACCCAACGAGGGGGACUGGAUUUGCCCCGAUCCUAAAUGUGGAAACGUCAAUUUUGCAAGAAGAUCGUCCUGCAAUAAGUGUGGGAAAAGUAAAAAUGAAAAGAAAGAUGGUGCUACUUUUAAGAAGGGAGGACAAGAGAUUGGAAAGGCCAUGGCAGAGAAAAGUCAUGGCCUCUUCAGUGCUGAUGACUGGCAGUGUAAAAGUUGUGGUAAUGUAAACUGGGCGAGACGAAUGAGCUGCAACAUGUGUAACUCCCCCAAGUAUGGCAAGGUUGAACAGAGGACUGGGUUUGGUGGUGGCUACAUGGAGAGGGAUGAAGUGGUGGAGUAUGUACAGAGAGAAGAAGACUCCGAGGAGGAAUAUGAUGAGUUUGGAAGGAAGAAGAAAUUUGCUGUGCGCAAGAUCUCGACAGACAAUCCGGUGAAGCAGGGCGAGAGAGGAGGGGGAGAUGCAGAGAACAAGGAUGAUGACGAAGAUGAUGAGGAGGAUGAUGAAGAUGAAGAUGAGGAUGAUGUUGACCUUUCGAAGUACGACUUGGAUGCCAGUGAUGAUGAGAGUGAGGAACAGAAAGAGCAGAAAAAUGGUACACAAGAUAAGUCCCAGGAUGAAAAGACAAAUGCUAGGUCAAGGUCUUCAUCAAGGUCAAGGUCAUCUUCAAGUUAUUCUUCAGGGUCUAGAUCAUCAUCUCGAUCAAGUUCAUCGUCAGGGUCAAGGUCAAGGUCAAGGUCUGGUUCUAGGUCAAGAUCAGAAGAUGGCAAAAAGUUGAAGAGAAGCUAUUCUAGGUCCAGAUCCAACUCACCAUCCAAGACUAAAUACACGAAAAGGAACAGAAGGUCAAAAUCCUCUUCAAGGUCACGCUCCAGGUCACCCAGGUCAAGGUCUCGAGACAGGAAGAAGUCAAGUCGGUAGAGAUGCUGACAAAGCUGUCGCCUACAGAUGAAUUAAUCCAUCCCUCAAAAUCUUUCACAUCCCAAUAUAUGGUCAAUUGUUGGCUGCAGGGGCCUCUCCUUGUUAUGUUUUUGAAAUUAUUAAAGAAGCUUGUUGAGGUAGUAGUCAUUGUCUUGGAAAGGACAAAACUCUGGAAAAAGUAUUAAGUUUACGGAGACAUUUUAGGUGACUCCACAGUCAAACUUUACUGUUUCUUUGAAUACAAUAACAGAAAAUGAUCCAGAUAGACCAGAAACAUACUGAAAAGUUUAGAUACAUAGGAAGUAUAUAAAAUCUGUCUAGGAGUGCCAAAGUCACAUCAAGUGAUUUCCUGUUUUGAUCAGGAAUAUUGGGUUUGAUAUGUCCUUUAGUGUUGGUUUUGUUGGGUCAUAUUUUUUCAAGCAUGCGGUGCUCAGAUGAAUUUAGACAUUGAAGAUAAUCGUUUUCCUGAAUACCUUAUUUAUCUAAUCACGGAGCAUUAUCAUGAAUUGAAUUAAUGAAAUAAAUUGUUUUUCUAUUCUCAGUUCUAGUGACUGAAACAUUUUCGUGAUUAUUGGCGGAGUUACCUAAAAAAGCAACCAAAUUUGAAGUUUACUAUUGGGAAAUGAUUGUUCUGAUUGUAAUUCUGCAGUUAACCUUUUUGCAGCUCUUACUUAUCUAGGCAGUGUAUACACCAUUGUUAAAUUGUGCCUAGUUUCUAACUCCAAAUUUCACUCGUUGAAAGUUAGUGUUUGGAUAAGUCCAUGAUGGAGUGCCAUAGUACUUAUAUUAAAGGGGCGGUAAGGUAGCCUAGUGGUUAAAGCAUUCGGUCACGCCUGGGUUCGACUCCCGACGGGGGUACAAUGUGAGAAGCCCAUUUCUGGUGUCUCCACCGCCGUGAUAUUGCUGGAAUAUUGCUAAAAGUGGCGUAAAACAAUACUCACGCACUUAUAUUAAAUUGUAGUAACCAGCUAAUGGCAACCUGACUGUCACUGACGGGUUGGUGGGGUCGUGUAUGAUGUCCCAGCCACUGACUACUAACUGCCGCAAGUAUCACCUGGGGACAAACUCAGUCUUUGCAAUUACUGUCUGGGGCCUGUUUCACAAAGCUGUCAUAGUGCUGAGUUUGUAUUAACGUAUAGGAGUUAUGUUAGUCAAAGUUCUAAGACCACUUAGUGAAAUGAGCCCAGAUCCUGUUCCACAAUGUGAUCUUAGCACUAUGAUGAUUGCAAACCUAUGUUAAACUGAGGGAGUUACGAUCACCUUAGCACUAAGAUGGCAUUGUGGAAUUGAUCAUUGGGCCUCACCCCUCACAGCUAACUUAGAGUGCUGUAAGUCCCACUUUGUAGCAGACUCGUGGUAAUUUUAGUGCUAUUAUCCCUUCAUAUAGCUCUCAUUCUGUAACAUUGUAACAUGGAUUUAUGACAGCCGUAGCCAAAAUAUGACUUGGUGGAAAGUGCCCAUGCUAUCUUAGCACUACAGCUGAACUGGGUUCUGCUGAAAUUUGUGUUAGGCUUAAAAAUUAUAAAAGAAUUGGUUCUCAGGCAAUGGCUUUUGAAAAUAUAGUGCGGGUGCGGAACAGUUGUGUGUUCCAUCAACCAGGGAACAAGAACAUAAACAAGCGAACUCCAAUUGCCGCCAUGACCAUAACACGAGAUGUGCAGUAAAGGGAGGUAACUGUGCUAUAUUGGAUCACAUUAGGAUUUUUAAUUUUUUUUAAAUAUGGAAAUAAAAACGAAACAUGCAGCAGACUUUAUGAUGAUGCAGGCGGUGCCUAAGAACCAAGACAAUUAUUUUUUUAGCUUUGAUAGUCUUAGUGCAGGUUGAAGAAUGGGCAUGUGUCAUUUGUGUAUUACCCUGCUCUCCUCCAGAACUGAUUAAGUUGUUGACAUGUAGUCCCUCUCAUCAGCAGAUGUUGUUACUGUUUGUUUGUGGGAAGGGGUUGUUUGGGAAGUACAGGGAAUGGGUGAAUGGUUUUAUUGUUUUGGGUUCUGUGUUCAUGGUCAGCUUCAUUCAGUCUUCUCAUACAUGGCUGGUUUACAGUUCCCAUCAGCAGUGGUGAGAGCGUGAACUCACAUCAGUUGUUGCUGCCUCAAUAUAUGGUUUUACUGUGGCCUUAAUAGUUCUCAAGUUUCAGAUCUCGAAGUUUUAGUUGACAAUAAUGCAGAGGACUCUAGUACGUUGUUGAGUGACGCUGUGGGUGUAGACACUAUUCACAAAAGGGCAUACCGGAAGAAUGUAAAAACAUUCACAUCGGAUACAAUGGAAUUGUCAGUGCAGUGAAUAAGGUCAUCUUUAGUGUGUUCACUACUGUUAUUCCUACUGGUCGACUUGUGUAUAUGUAAUUUCAGAUUUUGAUAAAGUCUUCUUGAGUGCACUCCUAAGAUCUUUUAAAAGUUCAAUUGGUGCAAAACCCGUCAUUCUUUGGUGUCGAGUCUUCAACAACCCAUGCUUGACGUAAGAGGCGACAAACAGGAUCUGGUGGUCUGACUUGAUUGAUGCAUGUAUCCCGAUUGUGUAGAUCAAUGCUCAUGAUGUCAAUCACUGGAUUUUCGGUCAAGACUUGAUUAUUUACAGACUGACGUCCUAUAGCUGGAAUAUUGCUGAGUGGGGCAUUACAUUACAAAAUAGUUUGGUUUGAGUGCACAAGUACUAAGUGCUGCACAGGUAUCUUUUGGUCUCAGCUGAGGACACACUGAAACCCUUCUUACAUAGACAGGGGGCAGAGUUGCGUCCCUUGGGCACGCAAGAAACCAAUGAUUGUGGGUUUGAAUCCCGGUUCUCCCAGAUUAUGUUUCAAGGUUUGUCAGCACCAUACCCGUGCUCGUGGGUUUCACCAAAGUGGUAAACGUCUGAGACCUGCAUCACUUCGGGCUUUCCUCCCACAUUAAGCUGACACGCCGUGAUAUGACUGGAAUACUGUUAAAAGCAGCGUUAAACACAACUCACUCACUCACUCUUACAUAGACAUAGGUUGCUGGAUAGGUAUGAGUUGCAUCAUCUUGUAGAGAAAACUAUUAGUGAUCCCAGUGAAUUGUCAUUUGAUAUGAAUCAGAAUUUUGUCAUUUGUUUUCACAAACAACUUGAAUAUGUGAUUUUCGCAAAUCCAUGUAUACAACUCAAAAGAACACCCAAUUCUUUCAUAUUACCAUAUUAUAUCUGUCAUGACAGAUAAUCUAUAAUAUGAAAGAAUUGGGUGUUCUUCAACUUCUUUUGAGUAGCAAAGACUGCUAUCAGUAACCUUCUAGAUGGAAUCAGGAAAACAAGAGGUUGAUAGAGUGAGCAUUGAUAGGAGAGUUGAGUGCAUACAUACUGGAAAAAGGUGGAACCAGAGUUUUUGGUUUCAACAAUUUUUGAACAUGAGGGGAGGGAUUUACAAUGUGUAUAUUGUAGUAUGUUUGUAGUGCAGUAGCCUAGGUAGCUAUUUUUGCAUAAUUAAAAUAGAUCAGACAGACAUUUAAAAAAGGUUCAUAUUUUCGUAUAUCACAUGCAACAUAAUGUUGAGGAGGGGACUGAGAUAGGUCAGUCAAUUUCUUGCUCUAGCUGAGGUGAAAUGUAGGAAAUGUUUGUGUGUCAAUCAAUGUCUGGGUAAGUAUGUUAUAUGGCAAUGUCAUAAAGAGAAGCUUUUCCUCAAAGUCCUACUUUUUUCAAAUUUUGCGAGUUAAAUGGAUGAAUAUGAAGCAAAUAUGAAGAAUAAACAUUUAUGCAAAAAUUAGUGUUAAUCGUGCAUCAUUUAGAAUCUUGUGAGAUUGCCUCUGCUCAAGUUUAUUCAUUCCACAAGGAGCGGGUGCUUGCAGCUGGAUGCUUUGUUGGGUGGUAAUUACCACUAACAGUAUUCAGGAGCACAAUGAAAGGUAGAUUAAAUACUUCUUAGGGAGCUGUAGCGUAAGUUGUAUUGGAGGGAGGGAAUAUUAAUGCCAUUGCGGAUGAUUUGCAUGCUCAACUGAAUGUACAACUGUUAUAGUUAAUGAAAUGUCAUGGCCAAUUUUGAUUUAUUUGAAUAAAUUGUCUAUAAUUUUGAA